UGAGCGCGUUAUCCAAUGAAGACCUCUCCAGUGUUCUGAUUCAAUGUUAUGUGCAAAGAAGAUCGUUCAGCCACUGCAAACCUGCUAGUAUUGGCUCAUGAAGUUUUUAAAUGACUGGAUCUGAAACUUUUAGAUCCCUGGAGCUGAAUGAAACAGACGCUAAUUUCAUUCAAAUGCUGGACGCACAUAUUAAAGUGCUUCCAGACGCAUCAGUCAGUGUGAUGGACUUCACAUCAAAUGAAGAGUUUGAAGAGCUUUGCCCUGUAUGUGGAGAUAAAGUGUCUGGAUAUCAUUAUGGACUUCUUACCUGUGAAAGUUGUAAGGGGUUUUUCAAGAGAACGGUUCAGAAUAACAAGAGAUACACGUGCACACAGAACCAAGACUGUGGCAUUGAUAAAACCCAGAGGAAGAGAUGUCCUUACUGUCGCUUUCAGAAGUGCCUCAGUGUCGGCAUGAGACUCGAGGCUGUCAGAGCAGAUCGAAUGAGGGGGGGAAGAAAUAAGUUUGGCCCCAUGUACAAGCGCGAUCGUGCCCUUAAACAACAGAAAAGAGCUUUAAUCAGAGCCAGCUUUAAAAUAGAGCCCAAUCCAACCCUGCCAUCCACUGCCCAGACCAAAUACCCUCAUCCCGGGUCACUCCCCACUCCCCAUCCCUCUUCACUAUCCUCUCCAGAGUAUGACUGCCCUCCUCUCUGCCCGCCGGCCCUGGGUGUGGCCCUGCAGAGCUAUGGGUCAUUUCCAGCUCAGUACCAGUACACUGCUCCGUCCCUGCCUACUAGAUCCAUUAAGGCAGAAUAUCCAGAUGCAUACUCCAGUUCCCCUGACUCUUCACUAGGGUACCCGUACCCUGACGGCUGCUUGCCCGCCUCUCCACACACUAGUCCUAUGAACCCAGGUUUGCCCCCACUGGUGCUAGAGCUGGUCAGCUGCGAUCCAGAUGAGGAGCAGGUGAGAGGGAAAAUCUGCGCUUUCCUUCACCAGGAGCAAAGUGGCAGGGGUAAACUGGAUAAACCGCGGCCCUUCAGCCUGUUAUGUGUCAUGGCAGAUCAGACACUAUUCUCAAUUGUCGAGUGGGCAAGAAGUUGUGUCUUCUUCAAGGAACUAAAGGUGGGAGAUCAGAUGGGGCUGCUGCAUAACUGCUGGAGUGAACUUCUGCUUUUUGAUCAUAUCUGCAGACAGGUGCGUCAUGGGAGAGAGAACAGUCUGCUCCUCAUCACAGGACAGGAGAUUGAGCUGUCAGCAGUGUUGUCUGAAGCGGGGCUGACUCUGAACAGUCUAGUGCAGAGAGGACAGGAGCUGGCCAGGAGACUGCAACAUAUGCAGGUGGACAGAAGGGAGGUGGCCUGCAUGAAGUCCCUUAUUCUCUUCAACCCCAAUGUAAAGCUCUUGGAGAACCAGCAGUUUGUGGAGAAUGUUCAGGAGCAGGUGAACAGUGCUCUGCUCGAGUACACACUCUACUCGUAUCCCCAGUGUUUUGACAGGUUCAGCCAGCUCAUACUGCGGCUACCUGAGGUCCGCUCGCUUAGUGCGCAAGCGGAGGAUUACCUGUGCUACAAACACCUGUGCGGAGAGGUGCCGUGCAACAAUCUUCUCAUGGAGAUGCUUCAUGCCAAGAGAUCUACUGCAGUGUGAAAGUGACAUGUGUGUGUGUGUGUUUGUGAGAGUGUGUGUUGUAUUGAGUUUAAGCCAUACUGUAUGUGCACACUGUGAACACUUUUCCAAAGGCAAUUAUUUCAUACCUUACAUGAAUUUAUAUAAUUUUUCAUUUGUACCCUCUUUUUCAGCAUUUAAACAAGGCAUGACAAUCAUAUUUGGUUCAGAGAGCAGUUUUUAUAUAUAAAGACCAUUUUACACUUUCCUUUUCUCAUUUUGUAUCGUGUGUCUUUCAUUCUCCGGAGUGUAAUCUUAUAUUCUAAAGAGGAAUAUUUAUGUAUCGUUGUAUUUACCUUAAUGCCCUUGUGCUUUUUUAUGGAUAAUGGUCAUUUGACUGUUUGUACUUUUUAUUGUUUGUCAAAUCCAGCUAUUUAAAAUGUUCAAAGGGGCCAGUCCAAAAUGUAAUCACUUUCAAAGUUUUCAUAAUCAUCAAUAUGUAAUAUCUAUGAAAAAUUUAGAUAUUUAAAGCACAUUUUUAUUGCAAAUU